AUGUUACCCUCAAUCAAGUGCUCUCUUGCUGUUGCAGCUCUCGGUGCUUUUUUAAAGGCCGAGGCUGCUCACAUCUCAUCCAGGACAAAACCAAUUGCGAUUCCAAAGUCUGCACCCAACGAUGCCGGUGUUCCCUUGGACUCUUUCGUAUCCUAUUCGUUUGAGUUCUCGUCAUGGCCGGACUUUGCUGGCAAUCUGUCGCAUCCCAAUGCCUUCUCAUACAACCUCAUGAGCAACCUUGGCAAGCUGCAAGGCUCAAUGCCGAUUGCUCGCGUCGGCGGCAACACACAGGAUAUCGCCAUCUUCGAUGAAUCGCUCGAGACCAGCAUCGUCGGCAUCAUUCGCCCAAACAUCUCCGCCGACUACCCAACGAUCAUUACUAUUGGCCCGUCCUACUUCGAGUCCUACAAAACCAUGCCUGAGGGCACGCGAUUUGUUCACGGCUUCAACAUGGGCGCCAACUCCAGCGCUGCAAGGGCCGCAACUUGGGCAUCAGUUUCCUAUGCCUGCAAAGCGAUAGGAAGCGACCUACUGUUUUGGGAGUACGGUAACGAGCCCGAUCUCUUCACUGCUUCUGGAUACCGAAACGACAGCUGGGCGGAGGCCGACUAUGUAUCUGAGUGGCUGAAUGGUACGACUGCCAUUGAAGAGGCCACCAAAGCAGCAUGCCCAGACCUCGCUGGCACCAAGUUCAUGGCACCGAGCUUUGCAGGCAUCGGAGUCAACGACUACUUCAGGUUGGACCCCGUCGAAGUCUUCAAGCAGGGAUUGGACGAGAAGCAGAACAUCGGCCUGAUCGCUUCGCACAACUACAUGGGUGUCUCCACCAACCCCGGUAUCACACUACAAGGCACGUUGAUGAACCACAGCAGUGUCCUCGCCAAAGCAGACGAACAGAUCGGCGUGAAAGACGGCAUCAAGGCACUGGGAGACGCGCUAGCUCCAAACGUCCCCUUCGUCAUGGGCGAGCACAACUCGCUCGCCCGACAAGGACGACCUGGUCUUAGCAACAGCUUCGGCGCUGCGCUGUGGGGUGUAGACUGGAACACCUAUCUCGCGUCGCAGAACCUUACCCGCUCUCACAUGCACCAAGGAACAAACUACCGCUACCAAUCCUGGCAGCCAAUCGAGACGAACCUCACAGCUCGAGGAACAAAGCCGCCAUACUACGGCAACGUCGCCGUCGCAGCCUUCAUGCACAAGCCUUCAUCCGAGUCUGAACUCAAGAUCUCCUCGCUUCCCUCAUCCUCCAUCUACGCAACCCAAUACGCCGCCCACGUCGACGACACGCUCGCCCGCAUUCUCCUCGUUGAUCUACACACAUACAACACGACCGCCGAUAACAACUACACCACACCUUUCACACGUCCGGUCGAGAAGUACUCGUUCCAACUCCCCAGUGACUGCAAGGGCGAGGCGCAAGUGCAGAGGUUGUUGGCGAACGGAAGUGAUGCUAUUACGGGUAUUACUUGGGAUGGGUAUAGUUAUAACUAUGAGCUUGAUGAUGGAAAGCCUGUACGCAUGGAUAAUGUGACGUGUGGGGAGAGUGUGAAGGUGGAUGGGAAGGGUAUGAUUAGUGUGGAGGUGCCGUGGAGUAGUGCUGCGAUUGUUAGUCUGGACUGCUGA